AGUGGAUUGUGAGAGGAGGUCAAAUCCACAACUCGAGUUUAAGUAACGUAAAGGGUCAGAUAAGCAAGUAUAUAGCUGUUAAGUAGUAAUUUUUGUUUUGACGUUUCAUGAAAGAGAUUUAUUUAGGAUAUUAUGUAGGAUAUUCGUGAGUUUUCCAAGCAAAAAUAGUUGAAGUGACAGAUAGGAUGUCUUGCUAAGGCUAACGCCUAGUCUCGUGUUUCGCACACGAGGGUGAUUACCAGCGUUUUCAUCCGACCAAAACAACUGCGACUUAACUGCCAGACAGCAACAUUCUUCGUAUACAUGUAUGAUGCUCUGUGUUUCUUUCCGGGACAUUAAUUUUUUUCUACAGAUCUUCUUUCGAUAACCUUGAUUCAGCAAAGUGCUUUAGUUUCUGUGCUCGUUUCCUUGGAUCUCUUCUUGUCACAGCCCAACAGCUGUCAUGUUUCACUCUGUACCCCGUCGUCCCGUCUGCGAGAUCGGCGUAAACACAAUGAGGCUCCAGAACAGCAGAUCGUUCAGGCGAGCCGUGGAGGAGGCCAAAGAAAAGCUGGAGAAGGUCCCGUGGCUGGGGAGGAACGUGGGCCUGCUGUUGUCAUGGCUCCAGAGGGCAGGUGCGGGUGCCAACGAGGCCGCAGGUCAGAGCAGGAAGGGGCUGCUGUCGAUAUUUGCGGACCACUGUGGCUUCGUCACCGGCCAGAGGCUCCGGCGCGCGUGCCAGAUCGGCGAGCUUUACUCCAACAUCUAUUCCGAGCGAACCAAGUGGACCCUAGUUGGGAAUAUAUGGCGCAGAUUUCAGAGCAGGAACGCCCCCACGGGGAAGCUGGUGGCGGCCCUGGCUGGGAUCUUCAUGUGGGAAAGCGAGAAAAUUCAAGAUGAAGAAAUGCGCAGGUGUGGACUGGAGCUGGAGGCCCUGGAGGAUGUUAAACGCAUGUACACAUCUUCUGCGACUGUGAGCGGACAACCGGAUGCCAGUUGGGAAGCGGUGAUGGAGAAGAAAGAUUUCAGAGUAUGGAAGCGACCUAUUCCCAACAGUCACCUCUAUGAAUACAGAGUCUUGGGUUCUUACAACGAUGUCACUCCAAGACAAUUCUUCAACGUACAGUUGGACACUGAAUACAGGAAGAAGUGGGAUUCCUUGGUCAUUAAGCUUGAAGUGAUUGACAGAGACUCCAUGACUGGUUCUGAAGUCGUUCACUGGGCAACACACUUUCCUUAUCCGUUGUAUUCAAGAGACUACGUAUACGUGCGCCGCUAUGAAGUUGAUAUCAACCACAAUCUAAUGAUUUUGGUCUCCAGGGCUGUGCAGCAUCCCAAAGUCCCAGAGACCCAGGAGUUUGUGAGAGUCCACUCGUACCAAUCAAAGAUGGUCAUUCGACCUCACAAGUCCUUUGAUGAGAAUGGGUUUGAUUACCUGCUGACGUACAGCGAUGAUCCACAGACCGUCUUUCCACGUUACUGUGUGAGCUGGAUGGUUUCCAGCGGAAUGCCCGAUUUCCUAGAGAAGCUGCAUGUUGCUGCAUUGCGAGCGAAGAACUUAGAAAUGGGGAUUCAUGACUACACGGGCGUCAUUAAAUCCAGCGACACGAACCGCCCGGCCAACCAGGACCGGCUCGGUGGAGAAGGCGCGCACACAGGUGGUUCUGGGCAGAUUUACGCCUGAGGUGGACGUUUCGUUGACAAGCUGCCCGGUUGGCGAAUUUUCACUUGCACUUGAGUUUGAAUUAAACCCUCCAGUCCCACUUUCAGGGGAACAUCUCUAUUUGCAAAGGAAGCUUGCAGCCUGCGUUGCAUAAAAACACGUCCAUCCAGAUGUGAGGCAGUAGUGGUCGUUAAGGAGAUCUCUCAACAAUCGCAUUAGUGACUGCAUCACUGUCUUUGUAGGAAUAAAAAUGCAGUGAAAAUGUCAACAAGACUCAUGACAGACACUUUUUUUUGUCGCUUAACCAGUCAAUGCCACACAAUAUUUUACAUGGUUUGAUAAAAGUGCUAAAUUUAAAAUUGCAAAGAGAUGCUUUGGCCAAAUCACAGUCUUUCACUCUUCACUAUCUUUGAGCGGCGUGUAAAUGAUAAAGCCCGAUAUGGUGUGCUGUUCAGACCGCCAGCUUCCACAUAACUGUGGCUGUGAAUUCGGAUGAUAAGCAUAGAGUAAUGCAUUGGAUUUUGGAGCGUGUGACGAGGAAAUCAAAUCUCUGCUUGUUUUUUGGUGGACGAUAUGAGUAACGUUAAGACCUUGACCCUAUGUAUCCACUGGCAGUUGAAGAAUUUAGCUUUAUUUGGCACUAUUAUCAGGUUCCCUCAUUUUAUAUAUUUAAAGCACGUUGUUUUGCGUGUGUCUGCAUGAGAUUUAUAUGGUUGAACAGGAAAAUUGCAAAUAGUGCUUUUAUAAAGUAACCCAGUCGGAGUUCACUGAAUUUAAGAUAAAUUUGAAGCUUUUUUUGUUUUUGUUCUUUUGUACAGAUUAGUACAGUUCUCAUAUUUUCCAUUUAGAGUGUGUGUGUGUUCAGAGAAGCCAGCUCUCUGAAGUUGAAAUCUCCUUCAGGCAUUAGGGGCAUAGUGUCUUAUAACAACCAGAUAAAGCCUCAUGUAAAAUGGUACUUAAAGCAGAGAAACAAAACGAUGCCCUUCCUGAUGCAAAACCUGCCCCAUCCAUCCACCAGUCAAAACAAUUUCCGUUUGUCUGAUUUUUACUCCAGUCAAAUUUACAUUCAUCAAAGUGAAAUGUUCUCUUUUUGUAGUUAUGAGUGUUUAUUUUCUUUCUGCUUUGUUAGUUUGUCUAUAAAAAAACCAGACUGAACUGGAAGACGAUUAAGUGUGCGUUGAGCUCUGUCAAAGAAAAAAAGAGAAAAGUUGUUUAAUUAUUUUUAUUGAGUCCUUCUGGAAUUGAAUGAAUUCACACAGGUCCCUCUAUAUGCAUUGGUAAGAAACUGUAUGAAAAUGUAUAGAAGGGGCCACAUUUCAGUGAGUUUCAGUGUUGCCUAAUCAUUAAAUGCAGUGUUUACAGCCUGUCAGACUGGCACUCAUAUACCAACAGUCUGUUGUGUUUAAAAGAACAAAAAAGAGCUUCACACUAAAUUUAUAGAUAGAAUUUGUGUACCUGGGACAUUUUAAUGAGUGUUCUUUCAUUGUGCUAUACUUUUCUUUUUGGUUGAAGUUCUGUGUCCUAAUUCACCCUAAUUAUGUUUUCUGUGGUGAAGAAAGUCCUAAGAUCUAAUAGAAAUGGCUGUAUGUGAUUAUACUGGAUUUGUUUGUAAUAAAAUGCAUUUCCCCUCCAAAUCUGAUGUGGUCAAACCAAACUGUGAAAUUCCCUUUUAACGUACUUAAACAUGCCAUAUUUGCCGACAGUAAGCAUGUGUCUGAAUGUAGCAGCCAAGCCUGUUAUUAAAAUAUACCAGUGUGCCACCUGCAGAUCCCUACAGGGUUUUCUUUUUGUUUCUUAACCAGCACGUGUGGUUUACUGAUGGUGAACACGAGCUGGUGCACUUACACCCAAUGAUGACAAAACAUUUGAAAUAAAGGACUAACCAUUUGAAAUGAA